AUGCCACAAUUGCCAACAUUGUACUUUCACACAAGCUGUGGAAAAGAAGGCCUUGAUGCUAUGAAACGACCGUGUGCAACUCUAAUGAUCGCUCCAAGUCAGGUAGACUUAAACCAUAAAGUCGCAUAUAUCUGGGGGUGCUUGCGAGCAGGCGCUCCUAUUUGA